AUGUCAGAUCGGGACAAGAAAGAAUGGGGCGAAGAAAUGAUUACCAGCCGUACAUCAAGCAGGACGCCCGCGAAUCAGUUCCCAGCCAAUUCGACAGCAGCGGAAGACUCGGAUACUCUCGACGAAGAUGCACGCGAGGUCUACACUGUCUCGUCAAGAGCAGGUGAUGAACGCAUUGCAGAACUCGCCAGGUCCUUCAGCCAAACGCAGGCCACAUCGGCCGAUACUCAACAUGACAAUCCCUUUCUUUCCCCGGUUCCUUCUCUGGACCCCAACUCAGCCGAAUUUGACCCCCGGAAAUGGAUAUCAGCUCUCCUCCAUGCCUUCUCGAAGAACCCUGAUCAGUAUCCUCGCCAGCCCCUCGGCGUCUCAUGGCGAUAUUUGGGUGUACACGGAUUCGGAAGUGAUACUGACUACCAGAAGAAUAUGAUGAACGUGCUCUGGCGAGCGCCUCUCAUUGCCAAAGAGUGGAUCUCGAGUCGGAAGCAGAAGAUUCAGAUUCUCAGGGACUUCGACGGCUUGGUGAAUAGCGGAGAGAUGCUCCUGGUUCUCGGUCGUCCAGGAAGUGGUGUAUCCACGAUGCUCAAAACAAUUGCUGGCCAGGUCCAGGGUCUCCAUCUCGACGACCGGUCAAUGCUUAGCUAUCAAGGGGUGCCCUGGAACGUGAUGCAUAGCCGAUUUCGCGGCGAGGUCAUCUACCAGGCGGAGACAGACAUCCACUUUCCACAGCUGACUGUAGGUCAGACACUCAUGUUUGCCGCUUUGGGAAGGACACCCAAAAAUCGGCUCCCUGGUGUUAGUCGCGAACAUUACGCUCGCCAUGUCAGGGAUGCCGUCAUGGCCGUGUUUGGAAUAUCGCAUACGAUCAACACAAGGGUUGGCAAUGAUUUUGUUCGUGGCGUGAGCGGUGGUGAGCGGAAGCGGGUCAGUAUUGCCGAGAUGAUCCUGAGCCAAAGCUCCAUUCAAUGUUGGGACAACAGCACAAGAGGCCUUGACAGUGCAGCCGCUCUCGAGUUUGCGAGGACCCUCCGACUAUCGAGCGAGCUGAUGGGAACCACUGCUAUUGUGGCCAUGUACCAAGCCUCCCAGCCUGCAUACGAUACAUUCGACAAAGUCACUGUCUUGUACGAGGGAAGACAGAUCUACUUCGGACCCAAGGAUAGAGCCAAGCAGUAUUUCAUUGAUUUGGGAUAUCACUGUCCCGAUCGCCAGACCACAGCAGACUUUCUCACCUCGAUGACAAACCCCGAGGAACGCAUAAUUCGGUCCGACGUGGAGAAUGUCAGGGCGGUACCGCAGUCUCCUGAUGAGUUUGCCGCCGCGUGGAAAUUCAGUCAAGAGCGGCUACAGCUGAUCAACGAUAUUGCAACUUUUGAGAGCAGAUCUCCUACCAACGGUCCGGAACAUGAAAAUCUCAAGGCAGCCCAGAAGUCUCGACAAGCCUCGCUAACGAGAAACAAGUCGCCCUACACAAUCUCAGUCCCAAUGCAAGUCCAGCUUUGCCUUUCUCGCGGGUUUCAGCGACUCAGGGGCGACAUGGUCUUCUUCACCAUCACUGUUUCAGCCAAUCUUGUUAUCGCCCUUGCACUUGGCAGUAUUUACUAUGACCUUGCUCCCACAGCCGAGACGCUCAACAGCAAAUGUAUCCUGCUAUACUUCGCCAUUCUGUUCAAUGCCUUGAGCUGUGCCUUGGAGAUUUUCUCGCUCUAUGUACAGCGCCCAAUCGUGGAGAAACAUUACCGCUACGCCUUGUACCACCCAUUUUCCGAAGCCAUCUCGUCCAUAAUCACCGAGCUUCCUAGCAAGAUCCUCUCUGCCAUCUGCUUCAACGUCCCUUUGUACUUCAUGACAAACCUACGCCGGGAGGCGGGGCCGUUUUUCAUCUUCUUCCUGUUUAGCUUCACCUGCACAUUCACCAUGUCGAUGAUCUUCCGCACCAUCGCACAGGGAUCUCGGUCCAUCCAGCAGGCCCUGACCCCAGCUGCCAUGCUUAUCCUUGGACUUGUUAUAUACACGGGCUUUGUCCUCCCAACAAGGAGCAUGCAAGGCUGGCUUCGCUGGAUCAAUUACAUCGACCCGAUCGCCUACGCAUACGAGAGCCUGGUUGCGAACGAGUUCUCCGGCCGGAAAUUUCCCUGCACGCAAUUUGUUCCGAUGGGCCCGCCCUAUAUGGAUGCCUCUCCAGCACAAAGGGCUUGUGCGACAUCGGGAGCCCUCCCUGGCCAGGACUACAUUGACGGUGACUUCUAUAUCAACAAUCUCUAUGGAUAUUACCACUCCCACUUAAAUCUCGGCAUUCUGAUCGGUUUUGUUGUGUUCUUCAUGAUCAUCUACAUUGCUGCAGCCGAAUACCUGUCACUUGAUCCCAGCAAAGGUGAGAUCCUGGUGUUUCGCCAGGGGCAUACCCCCAAAAUGCCCAAGUCGCACGUCAGUGAUGAUGAGGAGUCCACACCGGCUGGACCCGUCCAUAUUCAGGGCAGGGCGACAGAGGAAAGCGGAGGACCAGGGUAUAAAACAGCUGUGUAUGCGGGUGAAAAAGACAAGUCUGAGUCCAUAUUCCACUGGAGCAACGUCUGUUACGACAUCUCCAUCAAGGGGGAGCCAAGAAGGAUUCUAGAUCAUGUGGACGGAUGGGUGAAGCCUGGUACUUUGACGGCUUUGAUGGGUGCCUCUGGAGCUGGCAAAACCACACUGUUGAAUGUUCUAGCGGACCGGGUGACGAUGGGCGUGGUGACCGGAGACAUGCUCGUAAAUGGUCAGCUCCGACAGAAAUCAUUUCAGCGACAGACUGGAUACGUACAGCAACAGGACAUCCAUCUCGAAACCGCGACAGUCCGGGAAGCAUUGCAAUUCAGCGCGAUACUUAGGCAGCCCGCAACGACGUCAGUGGCAGAGAAGCAUGCCUACGUCGAGGAAGUCAUUGGGUUAUUGGGCAUGGAGGCCUACGCAGAAGCCGUGGUCGGUGUUCCCGGCGAAGGCUUGAAUACCGAGCAGCGGAAACGGCUGACUAUCGGCGUGGAGCUUGCAGCCAAACCAGACCUUCUUCUGUUCCUGGACGAGCCGACCUCGGGCCUCGACAGUCAGACGUCUUGGUCGAUAGCCCUCUUAAUGAAGAAGCUGUCGGAUCACGGACAGGCCAUCCUGUGUACCAUUCACCAACCUUCAGCUAUGUUGUUCCAGCAGUUCGACCGGCUCCUGUUGCUUGCCAAAGGUGGCCAAACAGUCUACUUCGGCGAAAUUGGUGAGAAUAGUAAGACGCUGACCCAGUACUUCGAGAAGCACGGAGCUGCCCCAUGUGGUGCGGCCGAAAAUCCGGCGGAGUGGAUGCUUAAGGUCAUCGGCGCUGCGCCGGGUGCCCGGGCGGAUCGAGACUGGUACGAGACCUGGCGGUGCAGCAAUGAAUACAAAAUCGUGCAAGAGGAGCUCAAGCAGCUCGAGCAACGGCAGCAUUUAACGCCUAACACUGGGAAGGAGUCCGAUAUGUCGUCUUCUUACGCGACACCCUUUUACCUUCAAUUUGCUGUCUGCACAAAGAGGGUCUUUCAACAGUACUGGCGGACCCCAUCAUACCUGUACUCCAAAUUGUUCCUCUGCGGCGGCAUGAGUCUGUUCAUUGGUGUAUCUUUCUACCAGGCGGAGCUCUCCCUGUCUGGGCUUCAGAACCAAAUGUUCUCCAUCUUCAUGCUCCUCGUCAUCUUCGCCUUCCUAGUGUACCAGACCAUGCCGCAUUUCAUCAUCCAACGACAGCAGUACGAGGGCCGCGAAUCUGCGUCCCGCAUGUAUUCCUGGCACGUGUUCAUGCUGUCCAACAUCGUCGUGGAGCUGCCGUGGACGACCCUGGCCUCGCUUCUGAUCUUCUUUCCGUUCUAUUACCUGGUUGGUAUGAACAACAACGGGAUAUUAACCGACUCGGUCACCGAGCGCGGUGGUCUGAUGUUUCUGAUCAUCUGGACCUUCAUGGUUUUCCAGUCCACAUUCGCCGACAUGUGUAUUGCUGGCGCUAAUACAGCCGAGGAGGGCGCCAUCAUAUCCCUGCUCAUGUUCGCACUAUCGCUCAUCUUUUGCGGCGUUAUGGUCCCUCGCUCGGCACUCCCUGGCUUCUGGAUCUUCAUGUACCGCGUAUCACCCAUCACGUACAUCGUAUCCGUAAUGCUCUCGACGGGCGUGGGUCAGAACGCCGUGCGGUGCUCCGAGCUGGAGCUUCUGGUUUUCCAGCCGCGCGCCAACCAGACCUGCGCCGAAUACCUGGAGCCCUUCCCUGUGGGCGCCGUGUACAACCCGUUAGCGACCGACAACUGCCAGUACUGCCCCAUGGCCAGCACGGAUCAGUUCCUGGCGUCGACCGAUAUCUUUUACAGCCAUAGGUACCGUGACUACGGCCUCAUUUGGGCAUACAUUGUUUUCAAUAUCUGCGCUGCAUUCUUUCUGUACUGGCUUGUACGAGUGCCCAAGAAAGGUAAUUGGAGAAAGAUGCUUGGUUUUCGAUGA